AUGACGGAGAAGCACUCGGAGGCGGGCGAGGCCCGCGUCGAAACCCCGAAAGACGGUCCACCAGACCAGAAUCAGGAUGACUCAAUGCAAAUUUUCGCUUCAUCUGGAGGAGACAUGUUUGAAUAUUCUGCAGAUGAGGCGCGGGUUGUUCGUUGGAAGCUUGAUCUCAUUUUAUUGCCAAUGAUGGCUAUUACAUAUAUUCUUUCCUUCAUGGACAAAGUGGCUUUGGGAGAAUCUUCAAUCUUUGGAAUUUUGGACGGCGAUCACUUGAAAGGGCAACAAUAUAGCUGGGCCAACUCAAUUUUUUAUUUCGGAUACCUCUUUGCGCAGUAUCCAAGCUCGAUUCUGAUGCAAAAAUUGCCAAUUGGCAGAUAUUUUGGAGUGAUGAUCAUCUUGUGGGGUGUCGCUACAACAUGCACAGCGGCGACCAACUCUUUCGCGGGCUUGUCCGUGUGUCGGUUCUUCUUGGGUGUCUUUGAGACUUGCUACUCCCCCAUUUUGACAAUUCUAGUUUCUCAAUACUGGACUCGAGGCGAGCAACCGCUACGCGCUUCGAUUUGGUGGGCCGGUGGAGGCGUCGGUGGGUUUAUAGCCGACUCGAUCACAUAUGCUGUGUCCGGGGGAGCGUGGACCGGAAGUCAAUAUGCCACAUGGCAGGUUGUUUUUCUUGUUUUUGGUCCCAUCAGUAUUGCAUGGGGGAUUUUCCUCUUCUUCUUCCUGCCGACCUCUCCGAUGACUGCUUGGUUCUUGACAGAGCGUGAAAGAAAAAUUAGCGUUAUGAGAGUUGCUCAAAAUCACACGGGUAUUGAAAAUCGCAAAUACAAACUAUACCAGGUUAAGGAGGCUCUCCUUGACAUACAAGUCUGGAUGCUGUGUGCUCAGAGCUUUUUACAAUGUAUUCCCGGAGGGGGGUUGACUGCUUUUGGCAAGAUUGUUCUCCAAGGUUUGGGAUACUCAGACCGCGAGACCGUGGUUAUGGGCAUGCCUGCCAAUGGAAUUCAACUACUCAUCAAUGUCCUGGCCGGUGUUAUCUCCCAGGUUAUUCCUAAUACAAGAUGCAUGAUGAUGAUUCUUGCAAAUAUCAUCGUGCUGAUUGGAAGUGUAUUGAUUGAGACUCUACCUGUCUCACAGAGACUUGCGCCAAAUUAUAUUCUCUACGUCAACACUAUUCCAUAUAUUAUGUGCUUGAGCUUGAUCUCUUCGAAUAUUGGUGGAUUUACUAAGAAGGCCACUUGUGGUGUAAUGAUGUUCAUUUCUUAUGCUGUUGGACAAAUUGUUGCUCCACAGUUUUUUAUUGACAGCCAAGCCCCUACGUAUCCUACUGGGUUCCGAGCGUUUUACGUCAGCGUUGCCCUCAUGAUCGUGAUCGAGAUUCUAAUGGUGCUCUAUUUGGCUAGAGAAAAUCGCAAGAAGGCCAGAAAAGUCCCAUCCGAAUCCCAAGCACCCGUAGGUGUAUCCUCCGCAGAUUUCCAGGAUCUCACAGACAAGGAGCAUCCUCACUUCAGAUAUGUUUAUUGA